GACCCCAAGACUGAGGUGAAAUGGUUCAAAGAUUGCAAGCAGUUGAGCUCCAGUAAGACUGUCCACAUGGAGUCAAAGGGCAAGAGCCGUCAGGUGGUGCUGGAUAAUGUGGAGACAAAGGAUGCUGGAGAAUAUACCUGUGAAGUUGGGAAUGAAAAGCUGCCAUUUAAGAUUCAGGUGACAGAGCUCAAAGCUGUAUUCACCAACAAAGACUCUUAUCAGAAGGAAGUGAAGGUUUCAGCCUCCCAAAAAGCCACACUGAACUGUGAAGUUUCUGACUUCAAGACUGAGGUGAAAUGGUUCAAGGAUGGCAAGCAGUUGAGCUCCAGUAAGACCAUCCACAUGGAGUCGAAGGGCAAGAGCCGUCAGCUGGUGCUGGAGAAUGUGGAGAAGAAGGAUGCUGGAGAAUAUACCUGUGAAAUUGGAAAUGAGAACCUUGCCUUUAAAAUUCAAGUGACAGACAUUCAAGCUGCCUUCACCAACAAGGACUCCUAUCAGAAGGAAGUCAAAGUAGCAGCUUCCCAGAAGGCCACACUGAGCUGCGAAGUUACUGACCUUAAGACUGAGGUGAAAUGGUUCAAGGAUGGCAAGCAAUUGAGCUCCAGUAAGACUGUCCACAUGGAUUCAAAGGGCAAAAGCCGUCAGCUGGUGCUGGAGAAUGUGGAGAAGAAGGAUGCUGGAGAAUAUACCUGUGAAGUUGGAAAUGAGAAACUUCUCUUCAAGAUUCAGGUGAAAGAUGUUUCUACCAAAUUCCAGAAGACAUCUGUGACAAAAGAAACUGUGAUGGUUGAGUCAACAGAAAAGGUUGUUUUAAAAACCGAGGUAAUGUCAGAGAAUUGUAGUGUUAAGUGGUUCAGGGAUGGAGUAGAACUGAAUGACAGAUCAAAGUAUGAGAUGAAACAGGAAGGUCGCUCACAUGUCCUCAUCGUUAAGUCGUCUGAAUCUAAAGACAGCGGCACCUACUCUUGUCAGACGGCUGAUGACAAAGUGGAGUUCAAGGUUCAGGUCAAAGAUGCACCUUUAAUGUUUGUGGUACCAUUGCAGCCAGUGUCUGCAGUACUAGAAAGCACCAUGACACUUUCCUGCAGUCUCAACAAAGCCACGGAUAGUGUCCUCUGGAAGCAUAACGGUAAAGAAAUCAAACCAGGUGGCAGAUUCAGUGUCCGCACCGAUGGCACCAACUGCAUCUUGACUGUCUCUGCUGUGGCUCAGGAGGAUGAAGGGGAGUACAGUUGUGAAUGCAAAGAUGACAAGACUUUCACCAAAGUCACUACUAAAGCCCCACGUCUGUUGAGGUUCACUACCAGGCUGAACAAUGUUGUUGCAAAUGAAGGCAAAGAUGCUAUCUUUAAAUGCUCCAUCACACCAGCUGAUGUGAGUGUCAGAUGGCUGCGUAAUGAAAUUCCUAUUACAGCUAGUCCCAAAUUUAAGAUCGCUCAUGGAGGAAGCAGCCAUUCCCUCACCAUCACAGGUGUCACUCAGGAGGAUGAAGGAGAGAUCAGUAUCGAUGCCGAGGGAAAAGUGUGCAAUGCCACACUGCAAGUACAACAGCUUCCUGUCACCUUCAAGAAGAAACUUGCAGAUGUGACUGUGACUGAGCAGGACACAGUUCGUUUGGAAGUGGAGCUGAGUAAACCCUCAACAGAUGUCAAGUGGAUGAAGAAUGGUGUGGCACUACAGCAAGGAGAAAAUAUGGAGAUCCAUGUGGAUGGUGCCAAGCAGGCUUUGGUCCUCAAGAGUGUGGUGUAUGCUGACAGAGGACAUUACUCAUGUGAAACCCUAGAUGACAAGACCCAGGCCAAACUGACAGUAGAGAUUAAGAAGAUUCAAAUAGUUAAAGGCCUAAAAGAGAUGAAAGUGCAAGAAAAAGAGACCAUCACUAUGGAGGUGGAGCUAAGCAAGGCUGAUGUAGAAGGUUCCUGGAGCAAAGAUGGAAAGAAACUAAAGGCAGGACCCAAUAUCAUCAUUACUGCACUGGGCAACAAGCACUGCUUGACUAUGUCCCAGCUGAAGAUAAGUGAUGGUGGAACUAUUACUUUCCAAGCUGAGGAUGUCCAUACUUCUGGCAAACUAAUUGUUACAGAGCCUGCUGCAAAGAUCCUCAAACAUCUAGGGGAUAUCAGUUCUCCUGAAAAGGAGAAAAUCACUUUUGAAUGUGAGGUGUCAAGAGCAAAUGCUGAUGUCAAGUGGUUUAAGGAUGAUGCGGAACUAAAGCCAGGAAAGAAAUUUGGCAUCCAUUCCCAGGCCAAUAAGCGCACCCUCAUCAUCCACAAGUGUGCAUAUGAAGACCAGGGCCAGUAUAUAUGUAGAACAACAGAUGACAAUACUUCAGCCAAGCUCACUGUUCACGCCAGAGAUAUUAAAAUAGUGAAGCCGCUGCAGGACGUGGAGGUGACAGAGAAGGAGAGUGCAACGAUUGUCUGUGAGGUCUCUCACGAUGAGGUCGAGGCUCAGUGGCACAAAGGAGAUGCCAAACUCAAAGCCGGUGACAACAUAAAGAUAAGGCAGGAGGGAAGAACAUACAUUCUACUCUUCAAAUCUGUAAAGGCUGAGGACGCAGGUGAAAUCAAGUUCACAGCUGAGAAGGCCUCUUCAGCCGCUAAACUGAAGGUUAAAGAACUGCCUGUCAGAUUUGUGAAGAAACUGAGAGACAAAAUCGCCAUGUACAAACACCGUGCAUAUUUAGAGUGUCAGGUGUCAAGGGCCAACGCUAAAGUCAUGUGGUACAAGAACAAGUCAGAGAUCAAACCCAGCAAGAAGCACGAGAUCACCAGUGAGGACAUCUACAGGAAGCUCACCAUCAUUGACGUGGAUUCUGAUGAUGAGGAUACAUACAUGUGUGACGCUAUUGAUGAUAAGACUUCAUGUCAGCUACUAGUAGAGGAGCAGGCUAUCAGCAUAGUACAGGAGCUGAGUUCUGUGGAGGUGACCGAGCCAUUUGCUGCCCACUUUGAGGUGGAAGUCAGUGUGGAGACAGUCAAGCCAGUGAAGUGGAUGCUAAAUGGGGAACAGCUGAAGGAGAGUGCAGAUAUUGAGAUGGAGAAAGAGGGAACCAUGCACCGCCUCACUUUUAAAAAGACCAAGGCCUCCAUGUCAGGACCAGUACAGUUCACCGCCGGAAAGAGUAAAUCAACAGCUGAUCUCAAAGUGAAAGAGCGUCCCAUUGAAGUCCUGGAGCCUCUCAAAUAUGGGUCAGCCAAGGAGAAGACUUCCACCACACUAUGCUGCAAGUUCUCUGCCCCACCAAAAGAAGUACAGUGGUUUAAGGGUCAAACUGCUUUGGAGGCUUCUAGCAAAUACAGCAUGAAGCAAAAGGACGCUAAUGUGCAGCUGAUCAUACAAGCUUUGAGUGCAGAGGACUCUGGAGAGUAUUGCUGUCAGGUCGGGGUCUGUGAGAGCAAAGCCGUUAUCAAAGUAGAAGUGCGUAAAAUCCAGAUCACCAAACAUCUGACAGACGUGGAGGUGGAUGAAGAUGGUGAUGCUAUGUUCACCUGUGAGGUUAACUAUGCUGAUGAAGAGGUCCAGUGGACACUCAAUGACAAGCCACUCUUCAACAAUGAGGUCAAUGCCGUCACCCAUGUGGAUAAGACCCAUACGCUCACCCUCAAGAACCUAGCACCUGUGGAUGGUGGGAAGGUGUCAUUCAGCAUCAGGGAUGUGAAAGAAACUGUCUGCCUAAAGGUCAAAGAGAAGAAAGCCAUCUUCCUGAAGUUGCUGGAUGAUGUAGUUGCAGAGGAGAAGGGUACAGUUAUCCUUAAGUGUGAAGCCUCAAAGCCCAGAGUGGCCCCUGUGUGGCGCAAAGAUGGUACAGUACUGUCAGCAGGCAAAAAGUAUGAGCUCCUCCAUGAUGGUAAGACCUUGGGACUUACUAUCCAUGAUGUCACGCAAGCUGACGCCGGGGAGUACAGCUGUGAUCUUGGCACAGACCUCUCCAAGUCCAAGGUCACUGUUAGAGAUAUCCACAUCGGGAUCACUAAGCGUUUUAAGUCGGUUGAGGCCAAAGCAGGUGAAAACUGCACAUUCGAGUGUAUCUUGUCCCGAGAAAGUUCAGAGAAGUGCACCUGGAGCCUAAAAGGCCAACCUGUCACUGAUGGAGGCCGUUUCCAGAUAAGCAGCAAAGGGCGCAAGUAUACCUUAACAAUCAAAGCUGUCUCAGCUUCUGAUUCUGGUGAGGUGGUCUUCACUCUCAAGGAUUUGAGCUCAAAGGCAACACUUACUGUUGAGGGUGAAGCUCCUACCAUAUCUAAAGAGCUUCAGGGUGUCAGUGCCAAAAUUGGUGACGAUGCCACAUUCUCCUGUGACCUUUCUCAAUCUGGACUGGAAGUGAAGUGGUCAAAGGAUGGCAAGUCUAUCAGAAAAAGCCAGAAAUACGAAAUAAGUCAGGAGCAGACGCUUGUAAAACUGACAAUCCGCAACGUCACUGAAAAAGACUCUGGAGAAUACAGCUGUGAGGUCACCGGUGGUCCAACCUCCAAGGCUAAACUGGAGAUCAAAGAACUGGCCAACAAAUUCAUUCGUGAGCUAAAGGAUGCCUCUGCAGAAGAGAAGAGUGCUGUCUCCUUUGAUUGUGAGACAGCCCAACCUGCCUCUGAAGUCACCUGGCUUAAAGGAACAAAGGAGAUUAGGGCUGGAGGAAGGUAUGAGCUUAUGCAAAAGGGAACUGUCCUCAUCCUCAAAGUGAAGGAUCUGGAGAAGAGUGACAGCGAGGUAUACACCUGUGACAUUGGCUCUACGAAGAGUACAGCCAAAUUGACAGUGAAAGUGGUACCAGCUGGGUUUAAGGGGCAAAUGAAGAACCAGCAAGUUACUGAAGGUGGGAAAGUCUUACUUUCCUGCGAGCUCUCAAAACCUGGCUGCCAAGUGCAAUGGAAAAAGGGAACCGAAAGUCUGAAACAUGGGGGAAGAUAUCAGAUAACGCAGAUGGACACCAUGUGUGAGCUACAGAUUUCAGACUUAGUGACUGAGGACAGUGGAGUAUAUUCCUGUGAAUGUGGAAACGAAAAAACAACAGCAAAUGUUGUUGUCAGUGCAUUACCAGUGAUCUUCAGACAUGAGCUACAAAGCCAAGAGUGUAACGAAGGAGACUGCGUUACUCUUCACUGUGAACUCUCAAAGCCUGGAGUUCCUGUUGUUUGGAAGAAAGGAACGCAGGUGCUCCAUUCUGGAGAAAAGUACCACAUCAAACAAGAUGGGGCUACUGUUGAGUUGAAAAUUGCUGACUUCAGACCUGAUGAUGCUGGACAAUAUACAUGUUUGUGUGGGGACAAAAAGACUACAACAAACAUUAAGAUCAAGGCAUUGACCUUUAAACGAGAACUACAAAACCAGGAGUGUCAAGAGGCAGACAGUGUUACUCUUCAUUGUGAGCUCUCCAAACCAGGAGUGCCUGUGGUUUGGAGGAAAGGAACACAAGUGAUCCAUUCUGGAGAGAAAUACCAUAUCAAGCAAGUUGGUUCUGUUUUUGAGCUGAAUAUCACUGAUGUCAAACCUGAAGAUGCUGGAGUCUAUAGUUGUGAUUGUGGGUUUAACAAGACCUCAUCUACCGUUAUCGUCAAUGCACUACCAGUGGUCUUCAUACAUGAGCUGCAAAACCUGGAGUGUGAUAUAGGAGGCAGUGCUACUCUGUCCUGCGAGCUUUCCAAACCUGUUGUCCCUGUGCAGUGGAAAAAAGGAAGCCAUGUUAUCCAAUCUGAAGGAAAGUACGUCAUCAGGCAGAUUGCCUCAAAGGUGGAGCUGAAGAUCACAGAUCUCAAAUCUGAAGAUGAAGGAGACUACACAUGUGUAUGUGGAGACAAGGCAACCACAGCCAAUAUGAAGAUCAAGGCUCACCCAAUUCAGUUUACGGAAGUACUGCUAAACCAAGCAUGUGAUGAAGGUGGCAGUGUUACUCUGCAAUGUGAACUCUCCAAACCUGGAGUUCCUGUGGUUUGGAGGAAAGGAACACAGGUGAUCCAUUCUGGAGGAAAGUACCUCAUCAAACAAGUUGGCUCUACUGUUGAGCUGAAGAUCACUGAUGUUAAACCUGAAGAUGCUGGAGACUAUGCUUGUGAUUGUGGAGACAACAUCACCACUGCUAACAUCAAAGUCAAUGCAUUACCAGUUGUCUUCAAGCGUGAGCUGCAGAACCAACAGCUUCAAGAGGGGGACAGUGUCACUUUGCACUGUGAACUCUCCAAACCUGGAGUUCCUGUGGUUUGGAGGAAAGGGUCACAGGUGAUCCAUUCUGGAGGCAAGUAUAUCAUCAAGCAAGUUGGCUCUACUGUUGAGCUGAAGAUCCCUGAUGUCAAACCUGAAGACGCUGGAGAUUAUGUUUGUGAUUGUGGAGACAACAUCUGCACUGCUAACAUCAAAGUCAAUGCAUUACCAGUGGUCUUCAAACGUGAGCUACAGAAGCAAGAGAUUCAGGAAGGGGACAGUGUUACUUUGCGAUGUGAACUCUCAAAACCUGAAGUUCCUGUGGUUUGGAGGAAAGGAACACAGGUGAUCCAUUCUGGAGGAAACUACCUCAUCAAGCAAGUUGGCUCUACUGUUGCGCUGAAGAUCACUGAUGUCAAACCUGAAGAUGCUGGAGAUUAUGUUUGUGAUUGCGGAGACAGCAUGACAACUGCCAAUGUCAAGGUUAACGUUCUUACAGCCACCUUCACACAAGAGCUGAAAAACCAGACAGCUAUUGAAGGAGAAAGCAUCAUCUUCCAGUGUGCGCUCUCCAAACCUGGAGUUCCUGUGGUUUGGAAGAAAGGAACACAGGUGAUCCAUUCUGGAGGAAAGUACCUCAUCAAGCAAGUUGGCUCUACUGUUGAGAUGAAGAUCCCUGAUGUUAAACCUGAAGAUGCUGGAGACUAUGCUUGUGACUGCGGAGACAGCAUUACCACAGCCAAUGUCAAGGUUAAUGCACUUCCAGCCAUCUUCACACAAGCACUGAAGAACCAGACAGCUGUUGAGGGAGAGAGCAUCAGCUUCCAGUGUGAGCUCUCCAAAGCAGACAUUCCAGUUGAGUGGCGCAGGGGUGAAAUUGGCCUAUGCCCCUGUGCUAAAUAUGAAUUCAAGCAAGAUGGCCACCGUGCCCAACUGUUCAUACAUGACCUUGAACCUGAGGACUCUGGUGACUAUAUCUGUGACACUGGAGAACGCCAAAGCAUUGCAUAUCUGGAAGUUAAGGCACUGCCAGUUCUUUUCAAAUCAUUUCUGAAAAAUUUGGAAAGUGUAGCUGGGGAAAAUGCAGUUUUUCGAUGUGAACUUGACAAAGCUGGAGCCAAAGUCAUCUGGAGGAAAGACAAGAGUGUAAUAGAAGCAAGCAACAAAUAUCAGCUCAAGCAAGAUGGGGCUGUUGCUGAGCUUAUCAUUUACAAGCUGCAAGGAGGAGACGCUGGAGAGUACUGCUGUGAAACGGAACAUGAUCGGACAUCUUCCAAACUUGCUGUGAAGGAACCUGAAAUCAUGAUCUUAACUGGCUUGAAGAGCUGCAUUGUCAAUGAAAGCGAGGACGUUCAUUUCGAAUGCCUUGUCUCUCAUGACAAUGCUCUCAUUGUUCAGUGGACGCUGCAAGACGUUCCACUACAGAACAAUGAGAUGAAUGAAAUCCGAAUGGAAGGCAAAAGGCACACACUUACACUAAGAAGUGUCACCCAGAAAGACUCGGGCACGGUGUCCUUCCAUGUUGGUGCACACACUUCUUUUGCUUGUCUUACAGUUAAAGCAAUCCCUGUGCUAUCAUUUGUGAAGGAGUUAACAAGCCAGGAAGUCACAGAGGGAGCCAGUGCCUCAUUAUGUUGUGAAACUUCAAUCCCUGAUGCCAAUGUGACCUGGAAGAAGGACACUCAGGUCCUAUCUGAUGGAAAGAAGUAUUCCAUAAAGAAGGAUGGCACAUUCCAAACCUUGGAAAUCCAUAAGCUAUCAGUGGACGAUGGUGGCGAGUACAUAUGUGAAGCAGGAGACAAACAAAGCAAAGCUAUGUUGACCGUCAAAGAAUGUGUAAAGAUCACAAGAGAAUUAAAGGAUGUGACUGUGAUAACGGGCGAGGAUGCUAUCUUCCAGUGUGAGGUGUCCCAUACAGGGGUUACGAAUGUCGAGUGGUGGCUCGGCUCCAACCACCUUCAAAACAAUGACUUGAAUCAAAUCAGCUGCCGAGGGAGGGAACACAGCCUAGUGCUGAAAAUGGUCACACCCGAUGAUUCAGGUGAUGUAGCCUUUGUGGUUGGCCCUGAGAAGAGCAUCGCCUACUUGUUGGUGCAGGAGAAACCCAAAGUCGUAUUCUUAGAGAAGCCUCUGGACUUAACUGCCAAAGAGGGUCAAACAGUCACACUGUCCUGCAUGACUUCUGACCCUGAGGCCUCUGUCGGCUGGUACAAAGAUGAAGCGAUGAUAAAGGCAGGGGGGCGGUAUCUGCUCUACAAGGAUAGAGCCGUCCAUCAGCUCCGCAUCCUUAGGGUGGAGGAAGGAGAUGCAGGGCUGUAUACAUGCAAAACCAAAGAUGCAGAAAGCUGCGCCACCCUUACUGUUAAAGGUCAACCUGCAUACUUCCGGAAGGAGUUAGAGAACCAGAAUACAAUAGAGGGAGAUAGUAUCACCUUGCUCUGUGAACUCUCUAAGCCAGUUAAAAGUAUAGAGUGGAGAAAGGGUGGAGUGGUGCUCCAACCCAGUAAGAAAUUUGAGAUGAAACAGGAAGGAUGUGUGCUGGAGCUCCAUGUCCAUGAUCUGGAACCAGAGGACAAUGGCUACUACACUUGUGAUGCUGGAGUCCAGUUGACCACAGCAUCAGUCACUGUGCAAGAGGCUGAGGUUCUCAUAGUAUCGGGUAUAAAGAAUACAGAUGUGUUUGUGGGCGAACAGGCCAUUUUCUCCGGCCAGCUCUCUCGCCGUGCCAAAGGUAGAGUUCAGUGGUGGCUAGACGGCACUCGUUUGGAGAACAGUACCUUCAGUGAAAUAAGUGUGGGUGAAGACCAUGUCCACACUCUCACCCUAAGGAACCUUUCUCCCAAUGAUUCGGGUACAGUUCUGUUCAAUACAGGUGGCCUGACGUCCUCCGCCAAGCUGUUAGUGAAAGCUAAACCAAUUGAUAUUCUUCAAGAGCUGAGUAACGUGGAGACCAUUAAUGGUGGGGAAGCACUUUUUGAAUGCUCCUUGUCUUGUCCUGAAACCAAAGACUGCCGGUGGUUAAUCGAUGGCAAGCCUGUAAAGGAGUCUGCAAAAGUGGAGAUUGUUUCCUUUGAGAGUGGCAGACGCCAUCUUCUGCUUUUAAAAGACUUGCAUCCUUGUGAAAACACAAGGGUUACAUUCCAAGCUGGCACUUCAUCAACUACUGCUCUUCUGUCUGUCAAAGCUUGGCAACUGGAGGUGGUCAAGCCUUUGGAAGAUAAGACCGCCAUUGCAGGAGAGCAAGUUGAGUUCACCUGUGUUUUGAAUGAAGCUGUGCCUGAGAGUGAAGUGACUUGGUAUGCAAAUGGUGUUGAGCUUCAAUGUAAUGACCAAUGGGCCAUGAGAGCCAGUGGCUCUUCCUACAGCCUAAUUUUGAAGAAAGCCCAGGCUCAGCCCACACAGGAAAUCACAUUUGCAGCUCGGGAUGCCUUAUCAAUGGCCAAACUCAUCACAAUAUCUGUGCCUGAUCCCCCUGAAGACCCAGAGCUGGUUAGUAAAGGCCCAACAUUCGUCACCUUGUCUUGGUUCACACCCCUCAGUGAUGGAGGAAGCCCAAUCAUUGGUUACCGUGUGGAAAUGCGUCUAGUGGACAGUGUCCUCUGGCUGCCCUGCCACACAGAACCAGUGUGCAACACUGAAUUUCUGGUUGAAAACCUCAUACUGGGGGCAGGUUACAGGUUCAGAGUGGCAGCCAUUAACCGUGCUGGUAUUGGAGAGCCUGUCCAGCUGCCUCAAACCGUGACACUCGAUGCACCAGUGACCAUGGCCAAAAUGUUAAGCAGCUCUAAGAUCCAAAAAGGAAAGAUGGUUCGUUUAGAGUGUGAACUUUCUACAGAGAGCAAAUCAAUCACAUGGCUCAAGGACAACAGAGAGAUAGAGUUUGGGGUCAAGUACCAAAUGGUAGCAGAAGGAAAGAGCCAAGUUUUGCUCAUAAAGGAUUUCCAGUCUACAGACCAGGGUGUCUAUUCUUGUGUAGCCUCAGAAGAGGCAAAGACUUCAAUCAACGUCAACCUCGAAGGAGAUGACACAACACUUUCUCAGGAUGCGGGCAGCCAGCCCAAACUGCCUCCUGAGGCUGCUUCUGAGGGAGAUUUACAUGCUCUGUGGGAUGCAGUGGCCAAGAAGAGGAGAAUGAGUCGGGAGCCCACAUUAGAUUCAAUUUCAGAGUUGCCAGAAGAAGAUGGAAAAGAAAAGGUCCAGAGCAAAGAAGGAAAAGUACCUGAAAAGGAAGUGAGACCUGUUGAGCCAACUCCCAAGAUCACAGCAGAGCCUAAUCUCUAUACAAGUUCUGAUGAGGAAUCUCUCAAUGGGACAGCAAGCUUGGUGUCUUACCUUAAGAAAAGCAGCAAGUCCUCUAUGACUGAGACUAUUGCCUCCACGAAACUGUAUGAGCACUUCCAGAUGACUGAGCAAUCUGUUACAAAGGCAUCUGUGGAGCCCCUCAUGGAAGCUCAGAAUGGGGAUGAGUUGCAAGAGGCUGCUGUCAAGAUUCAAGCAGCCUUCAAAGGUUAUAAAGCCAGGAAGGACAUGCGACCAGUCUUCAAAGAAGCAUUCAAGGAUCAGACUAAGGAGCCCAAUGGGACAAUUCAUCUUGAGUGCAUUGUGGAGGAUAAGCCAGAUAAAGUUCGCUGGCUGAAAGAUAGUGAACUCUUAACAGAUGGCAAGCACCAUCACAUUGACAUCUAUAAUGAUGGCACCUGCUCUCUAGUAGUGACUGCUGCCACAACCAAAGACACGGGUGUAUAUACUUGUGAAGUAACCAAUAAGUUUGGUGUUUCCACCCAUAGUUGCAAAGUCACUGUAGGGUCGCUGCGGGAAUCUUCUGGGCGACGCCCCCUCGCUCUGGGCUACAGUGCAGACAGUGAAGCUGAGAGCUCCUCAGGGAGUGAGAUGGAUGAAACUUUACGCCAAGCAAGUAAACGAUUACAGCGACUUCUUCGUACUCGCCUCCCUCCAGAUGUGGAAGAGGAACCUUUUGUUAGUGCGGAUGAAGGAGAUUUACCACCACUGGAUCUACAGACUUACCGGGAAGACGAUCAGUAUAUCUACAUCCGCUUUGAUAACCGUGCUGAAGCUCAAGUAGCUUCCCAGCGCUUCCAGGAAAUGUUUACUUAUCAAGGAGUUCCCAUUGAAACGACCAUCAUAGCAGCAGCAGGUGCUAAGGUAGAGCUGCGUAUCACAAAGAUGAGUCUCUCCCAAGAUGGCUCCCAAACCCCAACUCAGGACCUACCGAUGCCUGCUUUCAUGACAGGAGCCCCUGCGGCCCCCGUCUUCCUGACGGAGCUCCGUAGCCAAGAUGUUCCUGAUGGGUUUCCAGUCAGUUUUGACUGUGUAAUUGUCGGCAACCCCCCUCCCACUGUGAAAUGGUUCAAGGAUGGAAAGAUGUUGGAGGAAAACGACCACUACAUGAUCAAUGAAGACCAGGAAGGCCAUCACCAGCUGAUCAUCACAGCUGUGCUGCCCACAGACAUGGGCGUGUACCGAUGCAUGGCUGAAAAUGACAGUGGCAUCGCCUCCAGCAAGGCUGAGCUGAGGGUGGACAUGUCUUGUAGCUCAGACUAUGACACAGCAGCUGAUGCCACAGAGACGUCUUCCUAUGUCAGUGCUAAAGGUUAUGUGUCUAGCUCGGAGCACAGGGACACAGAGGCUUUUGAGUCUGUGGCAGAGGACGAGCAGCUACCUCAGAUUGUGGAUGAGUUACAUGAUUUAUUCCUCAGUCCUGGAGCACCCAUUGCCAAAAUGAUUGUCAGGGUCAAAGGAUUUCCCACACCAAGGGUUUACUGGUUCAAAGACGGCACCCCACUUCAAGCCUCCAGCAGAAUUGUAUUGUCGACUGAGCGAGAUCAACACAGUCUUGAGAUUUUGGAUGUUAAGCGCGAGGACACUGGAGAAUACUCAGCAUACAUUAGCAAUAUAGCUGGCUCUGCCUACUCUUCAGCACGACUGAAUGUACUGGCUCCUGGAGAGCGCCCAGCACCUGAACAGGGACAAAUGAGAGAUUCAAAGGUGCCACUUGUGCCACCACGCUUCCUGGAGAGGUUCAGCAACAAGAAGGUGAAACAGGGAGCAAGUUUAACGCUGUCAGUCAAAGUGGAAGGCUCCCCAACCCCAUCUGUAAACUGGUUAAAGGAAGUGUCAGAUAAGGAUGUUCUGUGGAUCAAGGCAGACACAACAGGUUACAAGGUGGCCAGCUCUGGCCGUCAACAUAGUCUCAUCCUCAUGGAAGUGGAAAAAAAACAUGGCGGCAUGUACACUUGCAUUGCCACCAACCGUGCUGGACAGUCAGUCAACACAGCCCGACUGGAUGUGGAGACAGCACCAGAGCAAAAGAAAGUGGGGCCAGAGGUUCUGGGAAUUACUAUCAGCCCACCAGAGGAACAGGGCAAAGGAGAGAUCAAACUACCUUCCCUGGGUGAAGUGGGUACUGAGGAAUUCUUACAAAAACUCACAACCCAAAUCACAGAAAUGGUAUCUGCCAGGAUUACUCAAGCUUCAUUACGUGUCCCAGGAGCUGACAGCGAUGAUGAAACAAAAACACCAUCUCCAUCUCCAUAUCACGGCCGAUCACGCCCUCCAUCUCUGAUCGCAGACUCAUCAUCCGAGUCAGAUGAAGGAGAUGCCAGGGGAGAGAUGUUUGAUAUCUACGUUGUGACUGCUGACUAUAACCCCAUGGGGGUCAGUAAAGAUGCCAUCGCUCUGAAAGAGGGCCAGUAUGUGGAGGUUCUGGACUCUGCCCAUCCACUUAAAUGGCUUGUCCGCACCAAGCCCACCAAAUCCAACCCAUCUCGCCAGGGAUGGGUCUCGCCUGCGUAUCUCGACAAAAGACUGAAGCUGUCUGCAGACAUAGCAGACCUCCCAGAGACCACUAGAGAAGAAGUCACAGAGACAGACUACAAGAAGAAACUCUGUCAACUUGUCCAAGAGCUGAUCAGCACAGAAACUGAGUUUCUGAAGGAGAUGGAGUUCUUCACGUCACACCAUCUGAAGCGUGUGGAGGAGGAGAGCACACCACCUGAAAUCGCCACCCAGAAGGAAACCAUCUUCCGUAAUAUCAAUGAUUUGAAAUCCUUCCACAUCAGCUCUUUGCUGCCUGGUCUGCGUGAUUGUGACACAGAUGAUGACACUGCCAUGCAUUUCCUGAGAAACUCUGAAGGGUUUGAGAAAUAUCUGCAGUACUUCAUUGGACAAUUGCAAGCCGAGUCCGCCAUCAGUGAGAAAAAAGUGCACCAGUAUUUCAAGGAUUAUACAGUAUCAGAGUUGGCAAAUGUUGACCCCUCAGAAGGUCCAGUGCUAAGCAUCAAUGCUUACCUUCAGAGACCACCGGAGAGAAUUCAGAAGUACAGGGCUUUACUGAAGGAAUUGAUCCGUAAUAAAGCGAGGAACGGUCAGAACUGCUGUUUGUUGGAGCAGGCCUAUGCCAUGGUGUCGUCCCUCUCCCAGCGCUCAGAAAACACACACCAUGUAUCCCUCAUAGAGAACUACCCCGCCAAUCUGGAGGCACUGGGAGAACCUAUUAGACAGGGGCCCUUCACUGUUUGGGAAGGAGCUCCUGGAAUUCGAACAUCUUCCAGAGGUCACCACCGCCACGUCUUCCUCUUCAAAAACCAUGUGGUCAUCUGCAAACAGAAGAGAGACACUAAUACAGACACCCAAGCAUAUGUGUUCAAGAAUAUGAUGAAGCUCACAAACAUUGACGUGAACGAGACCGUUGAGGGUGAUGAGAGAGCAUUUGAGAUCUGGCAUGAGCGCGAGGACUCCGUGAGAAAAUACACGUUGCAGGCGCGGACUGUUAUCAUCAAGAACUCAUGGCUCCGCGACCUCCGUGACCUUCAGCAGCGCUACAGCAUGCCAGCCUGGAGGUCUCCAGAUUUUGACGCAGUGUUGACAGACUGCACAGCGGAGCUCGGACAGACGGUAAAGCUCGCCUGCAAGGUCACUGGUGCCCCCAAACCACAGGUCACCUGGUACAAAGACGGGCGUGCCGUAGAAGCGGAUCCUCAUCACAUCAUCAUUGAGGACCCAGACGGCUCUUGCACACUGAUUUUGGACAACAUGACGGCAGACGACUCAGGCCAGUACAUGUGCUUUGCCACCAGCUCUGCGGGUAACGCCAGCACACUAGGCAAAAUCACUGUGCAGGUACCUCCACGUUUUGUGAAUAAGAUCCGGAAAUCCACACUUUAUCCAGGAGAAGAUGCUCAGUUCACCUGCACCAUCCAGAGCGCUCCAAGUCCCAAGAUAAGAUGGUUUAAGGAUGGUAAACUACUGACAGACCUGGAGAAGUUUCAGACAUACAGUGAACCGCGCAGUGGAGUGUUGGUUCUAGUUAUCAAGAACCCUGGAGAACGAGACCUUGGACACUAUGAGUGUGAGCUGUCGAACCGUCUGGGCAGUGCCAGGUGUGCGGCGCAGCUGAUCACUCCUGCUGUGGCAAUGGCAGGAGAACGUAGAGCAGAUCAGGCCAUCAGUAUAGAAGUAACGGAACAAGAGACGAAAAUGCCGAAGAAAACCAUAAUUAUUGAGGAGACCAUCACCACAGUGGUGAAGAACACCCGUAUGAAACGGCAUGCAUCGCCGCGUCCAUCGCCCAUGGGAGCUCACCGCUCAGAGAUGUCCACACCCGAACCGCCCAGACAGAGACGGACCCUGGCCAGGAAGACUGUACCGACACUGUAUGUUCCAGAGACGGAGGGUGCCACGGCCAGGAACCCAAGAUGGGUAGAAGUCGAAGAGAUAAUAGAGUAUAAAGUGAACAAAUCACCCAAGUUACCAAGACGAAGAGGCGUUUCCCCCAGCAAGCGGUCACCACCUGGCAAUCCAAACACUAAUAACUCCAACAACAAGUUAGUAGAAGAGGCAAUGGGUGCCGCAAUGGCUCUGCAAGCUUCUUCUGGUACGGAUGAAGAGGAAACUGCACAGAAUGUGUCUGAAGUACCUUCAGGGAUUGACAAUAUGACAACAUUAGAAAUUAGUGAGCCGUGUGUCUCUGAUGAAGAUGAAGGAACUAUUGUCGUGGAGCCUGAAGACGACGAACUUGAUGCUCGAGAUUGCAAAAUGCUGACUGAUGGGAAUCGAGUUCUUACUCUUGAAGAUCUCGAGGACUACGUCCCUCAGGCAGGUGAAACGUUCGGCAGAAGUACAGACCAUCACAUCCCCGUCGAGAAGCCAAGUGAGAUCUCAGUGUUGCAGAGAGAAAUUAACGAGUCUGUCGUUGGCAAACCCAUUGUGUUGAACGUGGUACGUCCACCGGCAAAACCUCGCAUGGGAUUCUUUGGCUCCUUCAAGGAACACAUUUCCAGCAUGUUUAGUCCAGGUUCAUCAGCGGGCGGCAGCUCUCAGGCAAGGCGAGAGAAGACCAUACCCAUUCAUGUGACGGGAGAACCUUCAUCCAACUAUUCAUGCCAUACCAGUAGCUUUGCGAGGCUUGAAGUCCAGCCGACGUACUGCUCCGAGGUCCAAAGAGGAAAGGAGGGAGGUCUGCAGAGCUUCAAAACGCAGGUUUCUGCACAAACCUGCAACUACACGCCCACCGGACAAGUCACUCUUCAGAUCAGCAAGAAGAAGCCAUUUGAGAAGCAGUAAUCGCGAGGAAACCACUCAGGAUAGAUGCUUGUUUCCAGCAUGCAAAAUCAGGACAUACACGUAGGCCUAGUCUUAAAUGGGAACGCUUCUGUAAAAUCUUGCAAUCUAGGAGCGUAAUUCAAUCGUAAAGCUUCUGCUAACAGCAGAUCAUUCCAUGUUGAGGCAAAAGAUUCACUUGCCAAACUCCUUUAUAUCCUACUGUACCUAAUGAAGACUUUCUAAUUACUAGAGUUCCUGUGAGCAAAUGUACAGCUGUGCUUCAGAACAGCAAGUCUGACACAACAUGAAUCCUGGUCCUGGAGAACCAACGUCCUUCAGAGAUGAUCUUCAACCAGCUCCAACACAGUUGCCUGGAAGUUUCCAGUAAGUCUGAAGACCUGCUGAAGAUUAGGUGGUUCCGAUGUGUUUAAUUAGUAUUGUAGGUAAACUCUGCAGGACAGUGGCUCUUCGGGAACAGGUUUGGACACCUUUGGUCUAGUCCCUUGGUCUAAAGCAGAGGUUCUCAGUGCUGGCCCUCGAGGUCCACUUUUAGCUCCAACCUUGAUCAAACUCACUUUUCUGUAACUUUCUAGUA